UAGAUACACCGACUUAGCUCCAGACUCCAGCAUUCAACACCACUAUCUUCUCUGGUUUUGGCUCUUUAGGAAGACUGGACUGCCGUUCCUUCAAAGACAUUCACAGCUAAUGGAAAGUGCCACACCAGAGAUCAUCUAUGAUGACAAAGGACAUGGGGAAGCACUUUGGUGAAUUAGCAAAGGUGCGUGGAAUCAUACAUUAUAGGCUGUCACCCUUUGAACAGCGAGCAUUUGCUGGAAUUUUAAGUGGUGGGCUGCCCAACCUUUUUAACAGGAUACGAGAUAACAUCUUCAGAGUUGCACCACCCUUCAUCAUUGGUUAUCUGGUGUAUGACUUUGUGGAGAAGAAACAUCUGGAAACAUUGAAGAAGAACCCAGCUGACUUUGAAAAUGACGAAUAAUUAUGAUUUUACUUGUAGGCACUUGUAAUAAAGCUUGUAAAUAUUAGCACAAUAAAAAUCUAAAAUGCUGA